AUGUCAGCCAGAAAGGGCUACUUUCUGCCUUGGCCCAAACCCGCCACAAUAAUGUCGUGUUCGGAGAGCGCGGCGGGGAACGCGUUUCUGGUGGAUUCUUUGAUCAGUGGCCGCGCGGAAUCCGCCGCGGCGCACUACAACGCGCCCCACAGCGGCGCGGCUGACGUGCCUUAUGGACUCCAACACUAUGGAUACUUCCCAGGUACGGCCAAGAGGAGCGAACCGGGCCCAGGGGCGUACCUCUCCAGCGUGGACUUGUACAUGGACGCGCAGAGGUCGUGUCGCGUGGACACAGACGCGGCGGCUCCCCCGUGCUCGUUCCCUCAGAACAUUAAAGAAGAGAGCGGUUACUGUCUGUACGAGCAGCCCAAAUGUCCCACAGCAGCCACGGCAGAAGACCUGACGUACUCCCGGCUCACGUCCUCCGCGUGCACACUCAGCGACACUUCUGGAGGCGGCAGGGGCUCGGUGCCAGUGCCGGGCUACUUCCGCUUGUCUCAGACGCACGCACACGCUCAACUUUACAACAGCCCCCAACCGAUCCCUUCCCAACCACACUAUAGCCUGCAUGCCGCCGCUCCUGCCGCGCCUUCCGCUCCUGCCGCUUCUACCGCUCAUUUCCGUGCGCCCUCGAACUCCUCAGCUCCAAAUUCGGCUGUGGAGGAGCAGCCCGCGGGCCCCGGCAGCGCGGAGCCUCACGGGAGCGAGGAGGCGCGUGGGUCCACGGAUGGAGAAGACUCUUCAGCUGAGGACAACGAGGAGCAGGACAAAGACGCAUCAGCAAAGACCAAUAAAGGCGAGUCCAAAGGUGACAGCGCGGGGAACUGGCUGACUGCGAAGAGCGGCCGGAAGAAGCGCUGCCCCUACACCAAGCACCAGACCCUCGAGCUGGAGAAGGAAUUCCUCUUCAACAUGUACCUGACCCGAGAGCGCCGCCUAGAGAUCAGCAAGAGCGUGCACCUGACGGACAGACAGGUCAAGAUCUGGUUCCAAAACCGCCGCAUGAAACUCAAGAAAAUGACCCGAGAAAACCGCAUCCGAGAGCUCACGUCCAACUACGGGUUUUCAUAGACGUGUGAUUUAUAGGCGCGCGCACUGACUCAUGCGUCUGAGCAGCAGCAGCAGAAGAAGAAGAAGAAGAAGAAGCAACAGCAGCAGCAGCAACAGCCCCCAUCUUCCCCCCAAAAACACAACAUGGCGCUGCGGAGACGCCGUGGAGAGCUCUUGUCUGGUUGUUUUCUAAAAGCUCCUAUAAUAAAAUGUAUAGGAGCGCGGGUGGUAUACAAUUUGUACUCUAUAUUGUCCCUUUUUGGAGAGAUAAUUAUACUUUAAAAUACCUAUAUCAAUGGCUCUUAGAUCUUAUUCCCAAUUACGCACAAAUUUUAAUUGGAAUUGCAUGAUGUAAACCAAAUUUCCUUUCAAUCCAGCCCAAAAAACACUUGCGUUUUCAUGUUAUUGCCUAUAUUUCUAAACGUGGCAACAGGAGGAGAUGUUUUUAUGAAUGUAUAUUUCUGUGUACAUACAGCAUUGUGUUUUGUGUAAUGCCUAAUAAAUU